GCUGAAUUGAAGUCGAAGAUGUUGGUAAGCAGAAAGCCCGUGUCCCGAGGCUGUCGUGUGCAGAAGCCCCAAAGGUGAACGGUCUGGAACCCGCGUCUCGUUUAAACUUUCCAUUUCCCACACCUCUUCCAUCUCGCACACUCACCGACGGCAAACGUAUCCCUUCACCACACCACCUGUUCCAACAUCACAAAACGACUAUCAUGACAUUAUCAGACGACGAAAGAAAUGGCGUGUUUGACAUUGGUGAAGAGCUUGUGCCGGUGCGCGAGCAGGAACAUAUCGGCGUCAUGACAGUGGAUUUCGAGGGUCUGUUACAAACGCCUUUGAGAUUGGAAGAGGAUCUUACGAAGGGAUGCGGUGGUAUGCUGUGGCCUGCUGGUAUGGUGAUGGCGAAGUAUUUGAUGAGACAAGAUCGGGAUCUGUUCAGGGACAAGACAAUAGUUGAAUUGGGAGCUGGAGGUGGCCUUGUUGGCCUUGCUGUCGCCUUGGGAUAUCGACUAAAUCAACCCCUACAUCUGACCGAUCAAAUACCCAUGUUCUCCUUGAUGCAACGAAACAUUGCCCUCAACAACCUCCAAGACAGAGUCAAGCCAUCAAUAUACGACUGGGGCGGUCCUAUACCCGAGGGUAUACCACAACAUCCAGAUGUCAUACUCGCAGCCGAAUGUGUCUAUUUCGAACCCGCAUUUCCUCUUUUACAACAAACCAUGAAGGAUCUCAUCGGACCGAAUACAGUCUGCUAUUUCUGCUUCAAGAAACGAAGACGAGCAGACAUGAACUUUGUCAAGGUCAUGAAGAAGAUGUUUGUGGUGGAGCCCAUCGAAGAUGAUCCUGAUAAACCAAAGUGGUCGAGGGAGAAUUUACAUUUGUGA